GUGGCGGAGGCAGUCGCAUGCGGUCUCUUCCACUCCAAGGCGCGCCGGACCCGCAGUCGUCAGACUGACUGCCUGCUGUUCUCGUGUUCGCUGACGGACAAUCGCAGCUUUCGUCGUCGCCAGCACGCUUGUUUCAGCUGUGUCGUAGACUACGAAGCAACAUGUCGAAACCAAGCGAGAAAAUCGGCAUCAUAGGAAGCGGCCUUAUCGGUCGUUCAUGGGCCAUGCUCUUCGCCGGGGGCGGUUACGAUGUUCACCUCUUCGACGUCGAGCAGAAGCGGAUCGGCGAAGCGCUGAGCGACAUAAAGACCCAACUCAAGGACCUGGAAAAGAAGGGAAUGUUGAGAGGCAAGCUGAAUGCGGAGCAGCAGGCCGCCUUGAUCAAACCAGCUGCGACUCUCGAGGAGGUAGUGACAGGAGCUCUCUACGUGCAGGAAUGCGUUUUCGAGGACGUAAACUUGAAGCGGGAUGUGUUCAAGCAGCUGGACGCAAUCGUCGACGACAAGACAAUCUUGGCCAGCUCUACAAGUUGUUUCCCGCCAUCACAAUUCACGGAGGACCUGAAACACCGCGGCCAAUGUAUCGUCGCCCACCCUGUCAACCCGCCGUAUUACGUGCCUUUGGUGGAGGUUAUCCCUGCUCCGUGGACCGAUUCCCAGGUCACGCAGACUACACGAGCUAUCCAAGACAGGAUCGGCCAGAAACCUGUUGUUUUAAAUAAGGAAGUCGAAGGCUUCGCCCUCAACAGAAUUCAAUACGCAAUCCUCAACGAAUGCUGGAACUUGAUUGAAGACGGUGUUUUAUCGGUCCGUGACGCGGACACCGUCAUGAGUGAGGGCCUCGGAAUGAGAUACGCCUUCCUUGGACCUCUGGAGACCGCUCACCUCAACGCCGAAGGAACUCAAGAAUACUUCGCGAAAUACGCUUCGGGUAUCAUACGUGUCUCGAACACGUUCAAAGGCAUCCCCACGUACUCGAAAGAAACCACUGACGUUGUCGAUCAAGCCCUCAGUGCUAAAAUGCCGGUAGCUGAACUGACAAAAUGGAGGAAGUGGAGAGACACAAGGCUCGCUCUCCUGUCCAAGCUCAAGAGGGAUGCUGACAAAGAAAGCGAAUAAACAUUUCAGUCUAUAUCAAACAA